AUACAGAAUUCAGAGGUGUCGCAACAGUCUGCGUUGUCGGACCAGUCGGACGUGGUGGUUGGUACGGUGUGGUGUUUCUUCGCGUCGCGUUGAAAAUAAAGAGGGAAGGCGACUCGUGUAAGGUAACUAAACAUAAAAGUGUUACGUUUAAACGAUGAUCGCGUGAAAUAAUAAAUUGUUGUUCGUCGUGUUGAAUCACGGGAGAGGACGUUUUACGAAGAGAAGCGGGGGGGGUAAACAUGAUUAGUGAUAAUUGGUGGCUGGACUCCCGGUUAUUCUUCGCAAGUGUUUCGAUGGUGCGGUGCAAAUCGGUGCUCUUUCUUUUGAUUCUUCUGACGAUCGUCGUCGCCGCUUAUACUGAAAGUCAAGGACCAUCUCCAGAGUUCAGCAGACACACAUUAAUCAAACCACAAGUAUAUCAUGGUAGAACGAAAAGGCAGUUAUCGACGACCAAUGAGAACGACAUCGAUCACGCAGAUGUGUUAACGGUCGGCUUCGAAGUGGACGGUGUCAAACGUGUAUUAGAUUUACGAUUGAAUACCGAUCUGAUACCAGUUGGUUAUCAACAACGUUAUCAGCAUAAGGGGACAUACAAAGUUCAUACACCGUCGAAGGUGGAACUCUGUCACUACCAAGGUAGCGUACGUGACGUUCCUGGAUCAUGGGUAGCCUUGUCAACUUGUAAAGGUUUACAUGGUGUCAUCUUCGACGGUGAAAAUCUUCAUCACGUUCAUCCGGAAAAGGAUACCUUGGACUCUAAUCAUUAUCUCUAUAAACAGAAUGACCUCGUCGCCAAUAAAAGUUGUGGUUACGAGGGAACACCGCACAACGUUCUUGAUCGUCAACGUCGUGAAACAAAGAGAUUAUCAAGGCAUAAAAGGGCAACCGAAUCUAUCAGAGGUCCUUACAAUGCUAAUAGACAAUCACGUUAUGUCGAGCUUGUUUUAGUCAUUGACAAGAAAGGAUAUAUAGCACUUGAUGAGAAUUUGGAUAAGGUUCAUCAUCAUUGUAAAAAUAUCGCCAAUAUCGUUAAUGCCCUAUUCAUGCCACUUAAUAUAUUCGUCGCAUUAGUGGGCGUUCAAGUGUGGUCUGAAGCUGACGAAAUAGCUCUCUCUCCGAAUGGCGACAACACGCUUUCGAAUUUCUUACGAUAUCGCAGAGAAAAAUUAGUACAUGAUAUGCCGAACGACAAUGCACAAUUAUUAACGCGAAUACAAUUUGAAGGUGGUGUCGUUGGCAAGGCAUUAAAGGGGCCGAUAUGUACUUACGAAUUUUCUGGCGGCGUUUCCAUGGAUCACUCUAAUGUAGUAGGCUUGGUAGCCGCCACAGUAGCUCAUGAAAUGGGACAUAACUUUGGCAUGGAACACGAUACUGCUGAUUGUUCAUGUCCGGAGGAUAAAUGUAUCAUGGCGCCAUCAAGUGGAUCCUUUGGUCCGUCACAUUGGUCAACUUGUUCCUUGGAACAUUUGGCAUUAGCAUUUGAGCAUGGUAUGGAUUAUUGCCUUAGGAAUAAGCCUCAAAAACUUUUUGACAGUCCUAUUUGCGGUAAUGGAUUUGUCGAACCUGGUGAACAAUGCGAUUGCGGUCUUGAAGAGAAAUGUGACAAUCCUUGCUGCAACGCGACUACUUGUAUGCUAUAUAACAAUGCCAGCUGUGCUACUGGAGAAUGUUGCGACCUAAAAACAUGCCGACCCAAAUUGGCUGGUACAGAAUGCCGAAGUGCCGAACACGAAUGCGAUUUGCCGGAGUAUUGUACCGGUCAGAGUGAAUAUUGUCCUGUAGAUGUCUUCAAGAUGGACGGGGAAUCUUGUAGCAUGGGAAAGGCUUACUGUUAUCAAGGCUCUUGCAGAACUCACAAUGACCAAUGUAAAUUACUUUGGGGUCCCACAGGUGCUUCCUCAGAUGCUCAAUGUUACGACAUGAAUAAUAAAGGUUCGAAACUUGGAAACUGCGGUUAUAACAGGAUAGAAUCUAGUUACGUAAAAUGCAGCGAUCAAAAUUUAUUAUGCGGAAUGUUACAUUGCAAACAUUUGAACGAAAGAUUGGAAUUUGGUAUGGAAUCAGUAGCGAUAUUAAGUCAUUCAUUUAUCAACAACGGUGGAAAGAUAAUACCUUGUCGUUCGGCCAUUGUUGACUUGGGAUUGAAUCAAGUUGAUCCUGGCUUGGCACCCGAUGGCGCUAAAUGUGCACCUGAAAAAAUGUGUGUCAAUCAAAAAUGUAUGCCAAUCGCUGACUUAAGAGCGUCGGUAUCUGGUGGCAAAGCAUGUCCUAAUAAUUGUAGUGGUAAUGGAGUUUGUAAUAGUCUUGGUCAUUGUCAUUGUAAUCAUGGAUUCAGACCACCUGAUUGUACUCAACCAGGUGUAGGUGGUUCAGAGGAUAGUGGUCCAGCCGAAGAUCCAAAUGCGAGAAACGAUUUCAUAACAGCCAUUUACAUAAUCUUCUUGGGUGUGGUACCGAUGUUGGCUCUCUCAUCAAUUGGAGUUUGGUACGUGAGAAAUUCCGGUCAGCAUUGGAAAAAGGGUGCAUUAUCUACGAACAAUCGGUGCCACAAUGGAAUGUCGAUAAAAACGAUCGACCGUUCUAGUCCUAUGCCACGUAACAUCGAAACGAUCGACUGCGGUCUCACUCAGGAUCCAGCAUGCGCUAGUCUCCUGCCUAAAACGGAGGUCGAUGCGCGUUACAACAACAACUUCUUUGGCCAAUUUAAAGGGUUCACGAUAACGCCAAUACAAAAUCAUUCGAAAUUGUCUGAACCAACGAAAUCAGCACCGCCACCGCCUAGCGUUCCUACUGUAGCGAUAAAGACGAAUAUAAAGGGAAAUCAGAAAACUAAUACGAUAAGAAAUCAAUCGUCGGUCGAGGCUACGGAAAAUUUUGAGGAUAAUAAUAGUAAUGCACCAAAAUUGCCACCAAUGAAUCCAGGCUCUACCGCUCGUCCAUUGAUAAGUAGUCCGGUAUUGGCAGCUACAACUUGUACAUCCGUUGAACUUGUACCGUCUAAGAUGCCAACAAGAGCGGCUCCUGAAAUACCAACUAGAACUGCACCCCCACCGCCUGUUUUAUUUUCUAUUCCUAAACCACAAAGACCGAACAGUACUCCUUUGACAAAUUUGAUUGUCGAGGCAGAACAAAAAAAAGUAGAAAAGGGUAGUACGUUGAACAGAUUGGCGUCUAUGUUAAGAUCAACUUCCAGCGUUACUAGAUCGAAUUCACAGUCAUCUCAGAAGGAUGAAAAAAGUAUAAAUUCCUUGCCAAGAAAUCAGCAUCUCAAGGCGAAUAAGGUAAUGGAUAAAGAGAUAUUGAGAAACUUGGAGAUAUCAAAUCCGAUACCGCAAAAGGAAAUUGAAAUACCAACGCCCGUUAUUCCUGUAGUAUCGAUAAAUGAGACGGAAAAGAAGAACGUUGUAAUGCGAGCACAAUCAAUGAGAGACGCUAAAGUUACAUCCAGACCGGCGAUACAUACGUUUGGUUCUAUGCGUCAAGCUGCCGCACCUAUCGUUAAAAGACCAAUCAGUAUACCGGCAAGUAUCAGACCAACCUCACCUCCUCCUGGGCCACCUACUGCCGUUGUUACUUCCGAUAAAGAAACUUGUAACGACAUUAAGAUACCUGGUUUACCUGGUUAUCAAAAUCCACCUGUUAAAACUCAGCAACAAGUGGAACCUGCGAAAUCACUCGAGGACGUUUAUGAUGAUUGCAUGAAUUUAGUAUCCGCGCCGUCACUUACAAAGAUAAUGGAGGAAUCACCGUCGAACGAUAAUAUUUAUGCAGUUAUCGAAGAGUCCAUCCCGGAGAAGACAAAAAAGAAUGUCGAAGUACGUAAGAACGAUACGGAAAAUGAAUACAAGUCACCUAAACGCGUUGAACCUACGACCAAUCUAACGAAUACCGGUUUGGAAUCGAUGGGCCUUUUAUCCGAGAUAGUAUCGGAAAUCUCAAAUAGAAAUUUCGAUUCGAUAUAUUCGACGUCAACGUUGGCACGAAAGAAAAAGGAAAAGGACGAUAUUGUCAAAGUAAACGAUAAUUUAGGAUCGAACAGUUCUCUCGGUGGUUAUAUGAAUUCCUCAAAUCAUUACAAAUCACCUGGUAGCGUAUAUUCUAAUUCACCAUCUGGAAAAUUUAAUUCGUCGAGUUCUACGACAAGUUCUGGUUAUUUAAAUCCUUGUGCAUUGAACGUACCGCAAUCGGUCAAGGAACGUUUAACGAAGGAUACAUCGAAUGAGAAAAAAACCAACGAGAUUUCACCGUUGUUAACAGCCAGCAAUAGUACUCGUAACUGUAACGUUAACGAAGAAAUGUCGAAGGAACUUGGUAUGAGUACGAUAGAAAAAUCAUUCGUUACAACGGGCGAUCGUUCGAGUUCUAUAAUAUCGGCUAACCCUAGAGUGAUCGAAAAGAAGGAGGAAGGUAAAGGUGUUGUUCUAGGUAAUAAACCAUUGCAAUUGAGUAGAACUAAAACGCCACCGGGUCUUAACAAAGCCCAAUCCUCUACGAGAACUAACAAACAUAAUAAUUCUGAAAUAAUUUCUACUAAAUCGUCCAAUCAAUUGUCACCCGAUGGUACCACCAAUAAUAUCGUCAAACAUAAUUUAGAAAAAACUACGAAGAACAGACACGUGCCAAUACAAAGUAAAAUCAAUGGAAAUAUUAAUAAGCAUCAGAACAAUAUAAUAGAUAAUAAAUUAGAUUCGACUAAUACGAGUAUUGUUAACGCGUCAUCUGUUAAAAGUGUGCCUUUUAAUACAAAUAAGGAUGAUACAGGAAAAUUAAAUAGUCCGGAUUUGGUAUCGAGCUGUUCGAAUUCGAAUCAGAAUGGUACGAAAUCGCCGGACGUUUUAGGUAAUAAUCCAAAAUUAAUAUUAGCAUCUAAAACGGCAAUACAAAAGUCAUCGACGUUUUCGAGAAAUACGAAAGCACCAGCGAUGCCGAUGAAACCUUUGAGCAUAGUAUCGAAGGCUGCCAGCUUAACGGAGAAGAAAAAGUCUCCGUCGGGCAACGUUAAUGUUAUUAAAUCAUUUUCAUCGACAGGAUCAAGAGAUAAUAAUUCGAAAAUGUUACCAACCAAUGUCAGUGCAACAACAACCAUUACAAAUACGACAACCACUACGACUGUUACAACUGCGAAACAUAAUUCGCAAAAGGAUACAAAGACUAUAACGGAUUCGACGAUUAAUCCUGUUCAAAGAGCUGCCAAUAGCAAAUCGAACGUAGCAUCGUUACAACAAAAAUUUGAAGCUAAUAAAAACAGUAAUUCUACUAGAGUUUUAUCUAAUGUUAAUAAUAAAAAAACACUUGGCAAAAUAUCCGACGGUUUGGCUACGAAGAAAUAAUUUUCAUUAAUAAAUAAUUAUAAACAUUGAGAUCGUCGGAUUUUUAAACGACGAAGAUAUAACAACUUCUAUUUCUACUACUACUACUACUACUACUACUUCUUCUUCUUCUUCUUAUUUUUGUUUUUAAAAUUCUAGUCUAUCAAAUCGAUUAAUUGACGAUCUAACGAAACUUAUGCGUACGAUAAUUAUGGAAGAUUGUUUCUAUUCUGAUCUAUGUAUACGUACAUACAUACAGACGUACAGACGUACGAACGUACAUUGUGUAUGUAUGUGUGUGUGUGUGUAUACAUAUAUAUAUAUAUAUGUACACAUAUAUAUAACUGCACAUUGCAAAAGAGUACAAGAAAUGAUUUUGUUCCGAAGCUCAAAACGAUUACAUGCUCGACGAACAAAAGCGUUAUAUUUUAGCAUGAAGGCGUUCGAUUUGAACGCAUCUUCCUAAGUGAAGAUAGAAAUAUGAUAUAUAUAUAUAUAUAUAUAUAUAUAUAUAUAUAUUAAAAAUUGUAAAUAAUAGGAUACGGUAAAAAUUCUAAUAUUUUUUGUAGAAAUUAUUGCCAUAAAGUUCGAGUGUAUAUAAUGCCAGUAAUUAUUAUAAAGCAGUAAUCGAUGAUUACUUUCAUGAGAAUGCGAAGGAUCCAUUAAUUGUUGAUUAAUUAAUUGAUCAAUUGAUUAAUUAAUUAAUAAGAAAACAAAAAAAGGAAAAAAAGAAAAAAAACUGAAAAGAUCGAUUUCUCUUUGAAAUUGAUUAUGCAUAUAUAUAUAUAUAUUUUCUGCGUUCCUGGGAUCGUGUAUUAUGAUGCUUCUAUAAAGUCCUGCGAUUGAAACGAACUAACGAACAAACAAACAAACAAACAAACAAACAAACAAACAAAGGAACAAAAAUAAAGUAAAGGCGAACAAAAAUAAAUUAAGGCAAAAAAUAAAAUACUACAACAACACGAGGACGAAACAAGGGAAAUCAUUUUGAAUCAUUCAAACGUGAAAUUAUUCAAUUCUGUGAUAUAUGUAUAAAGAAAGUUAUGUAUUAGUCCCUUAACAAAAAAAAAAAAAAGAAAAGAAAAAAAAGAGAGAUAAAAUCAUCGGCGACGAUGACCGAUUUGAAAGAAAAAGAAAAAAAAAAAAAAGCAAAAAAAAAACAAAAAAAAAAGCAAAAAAAAUCUUAAUGUAAACAGAUGGACGUAAAUUCUACUCCAAAUACUUUAGAUUUUCAAAAUAAUAGUACGUAACAAACAAAAUGGAAAAACACAAGAAAAAAUAUAUUGUUAUUCGUACAAUUAUUUUUUAUUUGUUGUAAUAGAUCAUGAUGUUUUGGUUUUACAUACAUACAUAUAAGAAAACUAAGGGACUAUGAUAAUGAAAAAGAAAAGAAAAGAAAAGAAAAGAAAAGAAAAGAAAAGAAGAAAAAAAAGAGAAAGAAAAAAGAAAACACUGUCCUAGGUCGUUAGGAGAAAGUUAAAUUAAAAAGAAAAAAAAAAAAAAAGAAAAAAAAAACAAAGAAAAAAAUGACUAAACUUAUCAUUUUCUAUCUUAAUGAAUAUAUAUUUAGUUAUAAUAUAAUGUGUCGAAAGAAUGAACUUGUACAAUACAUAUACUAGAAUCGGUAAUUAUUUUUAGUAGCUAAUAAAUAUUUGUAUAUGUUUGACAGGUUUAUUUGAACGAAACACGCCGUUUAUGUUUUUUAUUUUUUCUUUUUUUAUUUAUAUAUAUUUUUCCGUUUUUAUUCCUUUUUUUUUAUAUUUUUUUUUUUAAUUUUUUUCCCCCCUCCCGAAAAAAAGGGAAUGCACGUAGUCAUGACAAUGUGUAAAUGCAAUUGUUAAAAAAAAAAAAAAAAAAAAAAAAAAAAAAGAAAAGAAAAGAAGAACCAAACGAAUCAAGAGAAUUGAUAAAUAUCAUCCAUUUGAAUAAAUUUAUAUUUAAUAUUACAUACAUGACCAUUCUUUUUUUUUUCUUUCUUUUUUCUUUUCUUUUAUCGUUUUAUAAAAAAGAAAAUCAUCUUACGGACUGAUUGUCAAACGUUGUUGUCACUUCUUCAAAUUACAUUACAUAAUUGCACUUGUGCCUAGAAUUUUUAAAGAUUACAUAUUAGAUGGCUUCUUUAUUCUUUUUCUUUUUUUCUUUUUCUUUUUUUUUUCUUUUUUUUUUUUU